AUGAGAGAAAUCCUUCACGUUCAGGGAGGGCAAUGCGGUAACCAAAUUGGUUCGAAAUUCUGGGAGGUUGUUUGCGACGAGCAUGGAAUUGAUCCCACUGGAAAAUACAUUGGAUCCUCUGACCUUCAAUUGGAGCGUGUCAAUGUUUAUUACAAUGAGGCUUCAUGUGGACGUUUUGUCCCUCGUGCUGUGCUUAUGGAUCUUGAGCCUGGUACUAUGGACAGUGUGAGGACUGGUCCCUAUGGUCAGAUCUUUAGGCCUGAUAACUUUGUGUUUGGACAGUCUGGUGCUGGAAAUAACUGGGCUAAGGGUCAUUACACUGAGGGUGCGGAGUUGAUUGAUUCCGUUCUUGAUGUUGUGAGGAAGGAGGCGGAGAACUGUGAUUGUCUUCAAGGUUUCCAAAUUUGUCACUCGCUAGGUGGAGGAACUGGUUCUGGGAUGGGGACUCUCUUGAUUUCUAAGAUUAGAGAGGAAUACCCUGAUAGAAUGAUGCUUACUUUCUCUGUUUUCCCGUCCCCUAAGGUUUCAGAUACUGUUGUGGAGCCAUACAAUGCUACUCUUUCUGUUCAUCAGUUGGUUGAGAAUGCUGAUGAAUGUAUGGUGCUAGAUAAUGAGGCCUUGUAUGAUAUCUGCUUCAGGACUCUCAAGUUAACAACUCCUAGCUUUGGUGACCUGAACCAUCUGAUCUCUGCCACAAUGAGCGGGGUUACCUGCUGCCUCAGGUUCCCUGGUCAGCUCAACUCUGACCUCAGGAAGCUUGCCGUGAACCUCAUCCCCUUCCCUCGUCUGCACUUCUUCAUGGUUGGAUUUGCUCCUCUGACCUCACGUGGUUCUCAGCAGUACAGGGCACUAACUGUUCCAGAACUGACCCAGCAGAUGUGGGAUGCCAAGAACAUGAUGUGUGCUGCUGACCCACGCCAUGGUCGCUACCUGACUGCCUCUGCUAUGUUCAGGGGUAAGAUGAGCACCAAAGAAGUGGAUGAACAAAUGAUCAAUGUCCAAAACAAGAAUUCCUCCUACUUUGUUGAGUGGAUCCCCAACAAUGUCAAGUCUAGUGUCUGUGAUAUUCCUCCUAAAGGACUUGCUAUGGCAUCCACCUUCAUUGGAAACUCAACCUCCAUCCAAGAGAUGUUCAGGCGUGUGAGUGAGCAAUUCACAGCUAUGUUUAGGAGGAAGGCUUUCUUGCACUGGUACACAGGAGAAGGCAUGGAUGAAAUGGAGUUCACUGAAGCUGAGAGCAACAUGAAUGACCUUGUGUCUGAAUAUCAGCAGUACCAAGAUGCAACAGCUGAUGAAGAAGGUGACUACGAGGAUGAGGAGGACGAAGAUGCUGAGAUGCAAUGA